CACCGUCAACCAUAAACUUGCAAAUUGCAAUGUAUAAGUAAACAAAAUCCAAUCAUCCCUCCCACUGUCGUUUCCUACCCAUACCAAAAAAUAAACCCAAUCCCCCCUCUCCUGUCCUCUUACCCUCUCUCUCAUCACCCCAUCAUGGGAACUGUAGAGAUAGAACACCCAUACCCACCCACCACCAUAACCACCGCCACUGCCGCCGCCGCCAACGAUGGCAGUAAGAAAACAGAUGAUGAUGACGAUGUCUCUCCAAUCGAACAAGUCCGGCUGACCGUGGCCAACACCGACGACCCGACCCUGCCCGUAUGGACAUUCCGGAUGUGGCUCCUGGGCGUGCUCUCCUGCUGCCUCCUCUCUUUCCUCAACCAAUUCUUCUCGUACCGGACCGAACCGCUCAUCAUAACCCAGAUCACGGUCCAGAUCGCCGCCCUCCCCAUCGGCCGGCUCCUGCACGCGGUGCUGCCGGAAACCAAGUUCCGGAUCCCCGGGUGCGGGGACCGGUUGUUUUCGCUCAACCCGGGCCCGUUCAACAUGAAGGAGCACGUACUCAUCACGAUAUUCGCCAACGCCGGAUUCGCUUUCGGGAAUGGGCCGGCUUACGCUGUUGGAAUUGUGGACAUUAUAAAAGCGCUUUAUCAGCGGAAAAUCUCGUUCAUGGCGGGCUGGAUCCUCGUUAUUACUACUCAGGUGUUAGGUUAUGGGUGGGCAGGGCUAUUGAGGAAGUAUGUCGUGGAGCCCGCCCACAUGUGGUGGCCCAGCAAUCUUGUUCAGGUCUCUCUUUUCCGGGUUUUGCAUGAAAGAGACGAGAAACGCAUGUCAAGGACAAAGUUCUUCGUAGUAGCACUAAUUUGCAGCUUUUCCUGGUAUGCAUUCCCUGGAUAUCUCUUCCCAACACUUACAAGCAUCUCAUGGGUCUGCUGGGCUUUCCCUAAGUCGGUCACAGCGCAACAGAUAGGAUCAGGCAUGAAAGGCCUUGGAGUUGGUGCCAUAACACUCGACUGGUCUGCUGUCUCAUCCUUCUUGUUCAGCCCCCUCAUUAGCCCUUUCUUUUCCAUUGUCAAUAUCUUCAUCGGCUACGUCUUGAUCCUAUACAUCGCAAUUCCAGUAUCCUAUUGGGGACUAGGCUUGUAUGGUGCUCGAAAAUUUCCUAUCUUCUCAUCACACUUGUUCACAGGCCAAGGUCAGCUGUAUAAUAUAUCAGCUAUUGUGAAUGAAAAGUUUGAGAUAGAUCUGGUUGAGUAUGGGAAGCAAGGACCUAUACAUCUAAGCAUGUUUUUCGCCCUAACUUAUGGGUUUGGUUUCGCAACAAUUGCAGCCACACUUUCGCAUGUUUCCCUCUUCUAUGGAAGGGAGAUCUACGAACGAUACUGUGCUUCGUAUAAGGGUAAGGACGACAUCCACACAAAACUGAUGAGAAAAUACGAGGACAUUCCUUCCUGGUGGUUUUACGUUUUGCUCGUAGUGACUAUUGCUGUCUCUCUAUUACUCUGCACCAUCUUGAAAUCUCAGGUUCAGCUCCCAUGGUGGGGACUCCUAUUUGCUUGCCUAAUCGCCUUUGUAUUCACCCUUCCAAUCAGCAUCAUAACUGCUACGACAAAUCAGACACCAGGGCUGAACAUUAUCACAGAGUAUGUCAUGGGUCUUAUAUAUCCAGGAAGACCAAUAGCUAAUGUAUGCUUCAAAGUCUAUGGUUACAUGAGCAUGUCUCAGGCCGUCUCUUUCCUCAGUGACUUCAAGCUGGGACAUUACAUGAAGAUCCCUCCAAGAUCGAUGUUCUUAGUCCAGUUCAUAGGAACCAUUAUUGCUGGUACUAUAAACAUGGCAGUGGCAUGGUGGCUUCUCAACUCUAUUGUAGACAUAUGCCAGGAUGAACUCCUUCCAGAGAAUAGUCCUUGGACAUGCCCUGGCGACCGGGUCUUCUUCGACGCAUCUGUUAUAUGGGGUCUGGUGGGGCCCAAACGGAUUUUCGGAAGCCUUGGAAUCUACAGUGCCAUGAAUUGGUUCUUUGUUUUUGGUGCAGCGGGACCAAUUGUAGUUUGGCUCUUCCACAAGACAUUUCCCAACCAAUCUUGGAUUCCUCUGGUUAAUCUUCCGGUCCUCCUGGGAGCAACCGGUAAUAUGCCACCGGCAACUGCAGUAAACUACACCUCUUGGAUCAUUGUUGGAACGAUUUUCAAUUUCUUCAUCUUUCGUUACCGAAAGAAGUGGUGGCAGAGGUACAACUACGUUCUUUCAGCAGCUCUGGAUGCAGGAGUUGCUUUUAUGGCGGUGCUACUCUACUUCUCUGUCGGCAUUGAAAAUGAAUCAGUGAAUUGGUGGGGCACACUCGGUGAACAUUGUGACUUGGCUACUUGUCCAACAGCCAAGGGGAUAGUUGUAGAUGGUUGUCCUGUGUACUGAAUAAGUAACUCGUGUACACUACACGUUGUCUCGAUUCAAGAAAGUCACAAUGUAAAUUUAGCAAGUCACACGAUGGCUAGGAAAAACAUUGAUCCCACAAGGUUGUAUUUUACACAAGAAAUUGCUUUGUUUUGUACCAAGUUUGCUUGUAAAUGAAGAAUCAAACCCCAAGAACUAGAUAAAUAAA